AUGUGGGACUUCAAGGAAGAUCAAACGGCUAAGUCCAAGGAGUCCUUCCAGCUAUUUGAUGGAAACAUCUUACACAGCCAGUAUGGGGACAUGAUGCGGGCCCUGGGUCAGAACCCCAUUGAUGCUGAGGUGCUCAAAGUCUUAGGGAAUCCUAAGAGUGAUGAGAUGAAUGAGAAGGUGCUAGACUUUGAACACUUUCUGCCAAUGCUGCAGACCAUAGCAAAGAAUAAGGACCAGGGCACAUAUGAAGUCUACAUAGAGGGGUCUUGGGUGUUUGAUAAGGAAAUGAACUGCACAGUCAUGGGGGAUGAAAGACAGCAUAUUCUCAUCACUUUGGGUGAGAAGAUGAUAGAGGAAGAAGUGGAAGUGUUGGUAGCAGGGCAUGAGGACAGCAAUGGUUGUAUCAACUAUGAAGAGCUAGCCCAGAUGGUGCUGAAUGGCUGA